GGCGAAGCGGCUGCAGCGGCGGUAGGAGCGGCGGCGGCAGCGGUAGCGGCGGCGGGAGGCAGGAUGAGCGCACGCGGUGAAGGCGCCGGGCAGCCGUCCACUUCAGCCCAGGGACAACCUGCCGCCCCGGCGCCUCAGAAGAGAGGACGCGGCCGACCCAGGAAGCAGCAGCAAGAGCCAACCGGUGAGCCCUCUCCUAAGAGACCAAGGGGAAGACCCAAAGGCAGCAAAAACAAGAGUCCCUCCAAAGCAGCUCAAAAGAAAGCAGAAGCCACUGGAGAAAAACGGCCAAGAGGCAGACCUAGGAAAUGGCCUCAACAAGUUGUUCAGAAGAAGCCUGCUCAGGAGGAGACUGAAGAGACAUCCUCACAAGAGUCUGCGGAAGAGGAUUAG